UGAAUCAUAACAAUAGCUCAAGCACUGGAAAAGUCCACUGUAACUCAAGAGGACAGGAUGGUCCGUGUUUGUGUUUUUCCCGGCUGCGGCAAUAAAAUGAAACGUUUCCAGACAGAAACAUUUCAUAGGCUGCCACUGCGGUACGGUGACCGGUCUCUGGUGGACACGUGGCUUCUUCGUUUGAAUAUCAACAUUGAGACGCCAACCGAGAAGCUAAGGAAGAUGGAUCACCGUGUUUGCAGUGCUCAUUUUGAUAAGGACGAUUUCGUACAUCCCAAAAGAGCUGCUGACCCAAAGAACCCGAAGAAAGUGUCUUUGAAGAAGAAUGCUCUUCCACGACUGCAGCAACUAGCUGAAAAAAUAAAGAAACAUGAGCUGUCGAAGAUCCACAUGGAUAGCUGCUUGAGAUUUUCGUCUUUUGGGAGGGUGAACAUUGCCACUCAAGUGGAUGAGGGAUUCAGGCUAGCUGUUCGUUGCAACAAUGAUGAGGUCAGCUCAUUACAAGAGCUACCUAGGAAGAGGGAUAUUGCUUGUCAGACUGACCCCCCACACCGACGUACAGUUCGCACACAGCUGUCUUUGCGUACCCUUCAUAAACCAUAUCGAAGUACUGCUGUCCAGACUACAGAUUCCAGUGACUUUGAUGUAUGGACAUCAGAUAUUCUCCAGGCAGCGCCCUCUUUGACAUCCAUAUCCAUAGAGAGACCAUCAAAGAGACCUCGUGUAGACCCUGAGAAAGAGGAGGAGGAGGAGGAGGAAGAGGAGGAGGAGGAGGAUGGCAGCUUCUCUGUGGUGGCUUCAGACGAGCUGGAUGAUACCUGUGACCCAGCAGAGAUCACAUAUGUUACAGAAGAAACAGACAUGUCUGGUCAAAUACACACUCCCCCCUAUAACAUCAAGACAUACAUAGUGUAUGAGACCUGCAUCAUGGAGCUUUUCGAAAUGUGUCCAGUGUGCCAGCGACUUUGCGAUGUCCGAACCCGAAGGAUGGGUACAUUUCUGUCAGUGGAGCAGCUGUGCCCUCAUUGUCAGUUUUCCAGACUGUGGAAUAGCCAGCCUAUUGUACGGAGUAUUCCAGCUGGGAACCUACAGCUUUCCACUUCAGUGUACGUAAAUGGAGAGCCUUUCUUCAAACUUGAAAAGGUCUUGAAAGCAAUAAACCUACAGCUUUUCGAGUACGAUACCUUCCUUAGGCAUGCCAAGAUGUUCAUUGAGCCUGCUAUCAUGUCAAAGUUUAAGACAUCACAGGGAGUAAUGCUUCGGAGGCUCAGUGAAGAAGACAAGGUUAUACCUGGUGGUGACGUGAGGGCAGACUCUCCUGUCCACUUUGCAAGGUCAGGCAGCCACACCACAAUGGACCUCAAUACCAACAACGUUGUUGACAUCCCGUUGGUUCAGAGCGAUGAGGGUGGUCGAAGCUAUCAAACGGAAAAAGAGGGGCUGGAAAGGGGUCUGGCGUUAUUGCAGGAGCAUGGUUGCAUUGAUGACUUGAUGGCCCUCAUCUUUGAUGAAGACUUUGUGGACCCCGCACCAUUCACAGAGGAGACUUUGAAGAUCACCAUCAAAGAGGAGAUGUGCGCUCCGGAUGAACAGCCAGAGGAGGGGGAGGCCAUUGACAGCUUUGUCACCCAAGUCAAGAUAGAGGCUGUCUGAAUCCUGCAUCGCGGUUAUUGGGUUCAAGAAACUCCCAUACAAUUGUAAAUACUACAUGGGCGGGAAUGAUGAUUCUGAUCCUUCGUCUCAGGAAGUCCCAGCACAAGCCCACCAAACUCCUUGAGGUUACGCCUGCAAGAAUGUGCAGUCAACAUAUCACUAAAACAUCUACCUAUGGAUUCAGUGAAUCUCUGUAAAAGAUGCUUGAGACAAGUUGUAAAGUGUGACAAAAUAGUAAACAACUUUGCAGUUUAAUCCUCGAUUUGGGUUAUGACAAUAAAGGCUUUACAGUUUCUAUAAAA